ACCGAUAACUAUUAUUAUCACUGCCGCUCCCGCUUUUAGUUUCCGGUGAACCUUGAUGUGGGAACAGCCUUGAACAUAUAUAAAUAUCAUCCGUUCGACUAGCCUCUCAUUUUCCCUUCCAUCACAUUACCCUCUUAUUUCGAAUUCAUGUCUUUCUUCUGGCGCAAGAACACUUCUAUUCCUCCCGUUGAACCUGCUGGCCAGGCUUCGGGGAAUAGUUCCUCACCACUUCCUUCUGCCAGCAGAUCAUCUUCUUACCCUUCCGUCGAUGGUGCUUCCACCAUUAGAGACAACUACAGCCGAAAUACAAACGUAGGAGACGUCUAUACCCGUGGAGGGGCGAAUGUAGACCAGGACCGAAAUGAGCUCUUUUCUGGCUACAACGCUCAGAAGUCCUUUGGCUCUGGUCGCUUUUCCGACGGCCCGCAGGGAGGUUUUAGAGACCCUCCCCCCGGAGAAGAGAACGACGAUGAUGUCGAGGGUAUUAAGAAACAAACACGCUUCAUCAAGCAGGAGAGUCUCAACUCUUCCCGUAACGCUCUUCGCCUUGCCAGGGAAGCUGAGGAGACUGCUCGUAACACGCUCAAUAGACUUGGUGAUCAGUCAGAACGAUUGGCCAAUACCGAGCGUCAUUUGGACGUCGCUAAGGGACAUUCCAGGAGAGCUGACGACAAAACCGACGAACUCAAGCAGCUCAACCGUUCCAUUUUUAGGCCUGUUAUCGUCUUCAACAAAGACAAGAAGCGAGUUGCACAGGAGACUCAGAUCCAAGCUCGAUAUGAAGAGGAGCGCGGGGAGAGGGAACAAACAAUGAUGCGUGUUCGCGAGACUCAAGAUCGUAUUGGUCGCGCGCAAGGUUACGGCCGUGGUAAUGGUGAUGAAGAGCUACUUGGCACUGGCGCCAGCGGGCGUUAUAGAUCUGCUGACCAGCUCGCAGCAAGGAAAGAGCAGAGGAAGCGUUUUCAAUUCGAAGCCACUGCAUCCGACGAUGAACUCGAGGAUGAAUUAGACGACAACUUGGAUGAAAUAGGUGACAUGACCAAACGACUGAAAGCUCUGGGAAUGACAAUGAACCAAGAGCUGGAGAGUCAGAACAAACAUAUUGACAACAUAGAGCAGAAAGCGGUUGGCUUGGAUGCCAGGCUAUUCCGUAACACUGAAAGGCUCAAGAAGAUCAAGUAGUUUACAGUGCUUGACGUCUUACAAUAAUCUGUCUUUAUACUUAGUUUGUUAUUGGUCUUGUCUCAGCAUCGGCUGGUCCGAUUCUGAGGGACAGUCUAGUACCUAGCUAUAUGUGUACAUACUCAUUCGCUCAUACGGGUGUACCGUAUAUUUUACCUAAUGCAUGGUUGGUGAAAAU